AUGCACCAAGAAACUCUGCAUUACUAUAAUCUGUGGAAACUUGCUGUCCAAGAAAGAGACGAAGCAAAGGAACAACUGAUGCAGUCACUCGCCGAAGCCUCUCAGUUACGGCAACUCUUCGACACCUUACUGUUGUACGAAGAACAAAUACGCUGUCAUCAGCCAGAAACCAAAGAUGAAACUACUCAAAACUGUAAUCACAAUCACUUCCCCGUAGAUUCUCCGUCGCGGCUCUCCUCUCCAUCGCCGUUGGAUUUUGGCUCGAGUGUCUAUUCGUCGCCGUUGGAUCCCACCUUCCCGUCGAGUCAGAUGCAUGUUGUCGCUGAGAAGACGAGGGAUUACGAGACAGUUGUGCUGGAGAUGAUCGGUGGAGUGUUGCCGGAGAACGGUAAGUUUUUUAAGGCGGUUAGUGAAGCGGGAUCGCUGGUCGAGUCGAUGUUCGUAACCGGUCCGGUUCCGAAAUGGAAAAAUCCUCCGGUUCUGUUGUCGAGUCAAAUAACGGUUUUAAGUAAUAGCAACGCUGGGAAUUGGAAUUACGGUGGUUUGGAGUUUGGUUCGGGGAUCCCAAACCGGUCUUCUUCAGGCAAAAUGUCACAGUUCGGUUUGAUGUCUUAA